CAUCACAAACAUAGGCAUAUGGGCUUUCCGGUGUGAUGUUACUAUUUAUAGCGAUGUUGGGAUACCAAGCUGGUUUCCCAUACUUACAUUCUUCCGCUUUCAAAUGUUGCACCCGUUGCUUGGUAUUAUUACAAAACAUCGUUCUCAUUACAGGGCGUAAAUAAAUAAUGGCGACAUUUUGCCAUCGCGAGCUUGACAUCGACGGUUUCUCUGGAAAAUCGAGAUUAAAUGGUCAUCAAAGUGGCGUGAUGGUUGCGCCCGGUGAACUUCCCCAAGUUGUACACAGGCACUUUACCGAAGCGGUUCAUCCGUCUGACGAUUGUGAUACAAACUUGUGUGGGCCUAUUUUGCAAGCAUCGACAAUAACGCCUCCAAAUACUUCUGAGCUGUCCUCAAACGAUCUUGAAAGUGAUGCUACAAAUAUUAGUUUUCAACAACAACGUUUACAAUCAACACCCCAGCAACGGCCCUGGCAGCAAACACAACAGUUGGUACCAAGGCCCCAAACCAAUGUUUCUAACUCUCAGGACGUCAAUAAUGCAUCCACUUUAACGCAAACAAAUUCAAGCGGACCAUCAACGCCCAAGUACCCGAAUUUUUUGACGGUUUCCCAAAGAUUAAAAUCUUUUGGAGCCGUGGUUCUCGCAGUUUCCACACAGCUUCUCAGCGUGGCUGGAUUCUACUUGGUCCGAAAUGGAGGCGAAGACGCUACAAGAUGUUACCAUUGCGGAAUUGGGUUACGCCAUUGGAGCCCGGAAGAUGACCCAUGGGUGGAGCAUGCGCGAUUUUCUCCGAAAUGUGAAUACUUGUUGACGAUGAAAGGGCAAGAGUUUGUAAAUCUGAUCCAGUUAGCAGUAAAAUAUUCAUCUAAUACGGCAAACAUUUCAACCAAUCAACUGGGCAACACUUCGUCUUCUAGUAAUGCAAAUAAUUGCUCAUCAGAGGCUAAUGUUUCGAAAACAAGACAAGACUUAGUGAGAGAGAAUGCUGAAUUACGCAGCAUCACCAAGUGCACGUUCUGUGCCUGUAAGGAGGUUUCACUGGUUUUCUUACCCUGUGGUCACCUGAUUUCGUGUGAAGCCUGUGGGAAGGAGCAACGAAUUUGCACAAUUUGUAAUCAAAGCAUUAAAGGCACAGUGCGGACAUUUAGGUCUUAAAAUCAUGCAUUUGAAUUAUACGAAUGAGCUUUCGUUGGAUAUAUGCUAUGCUUGGUAUGGCCAUAAAGAUCGUCUUUGCUACAUUUAGCUGGGCAUUGCCCAAUGUCAGAGCUUUGCUGGCAGUAACGACAACACGAGGUAUGAUGACCUUGUCGACGAUUCGAGGACACUUUAAUGUUGAGAAAUAAAAUGGUUUCAAUGAG